AUGGGGCACUUAGUCUAUUUUGCUGAUGUCCGGGCUACCCGAUUGGAGGCUGAGGUACCCUGGAUGAUUGAGAGGAUCAUCCUAGCUGCAUUGACACCCCUUCGGACUUCUAUUGAUGAUCUCACAGAAAAAGUCGCGACUUGUGAGUGUCGACAGAGGGUUACUUCAGAGAUAACGGCUCUGAAAGCCGAGGUUGCAGAUUUGAGGAAGGACGUGGACUAUCUAAAGUCUACAGACUUCACUUCUUUAUUUGAGGCAGCUGAGAGUGUGGGUUCUCCCGGCAGUUCUGAGAUGCCUCCGGCUAUCACCGGAGAUGUACCUAUGGAGGAUGUGGCAACUGAUGCAUCAGAGGCGGAGACCAAUGAGGAGCAGCUAGGAGAGUGA